AUGACAGGAUUCUCUGUAUCUCUUUUCGUCUCAAACUUGUCAAAUGUCGCCUCCUAUCUCUCUCCGAUCUUUGAGACCAUCCCGUCGAAGGUUGUUCCGGCCCAGAUCGAGAAGGUCGUCUCUUUGGUCUCUCGCACCGGUAGAGAUUUGCAGCGUUACGACACCACUGGAUAUCGUCAAGUCGUCGGAUGCGUACCGUACAGAUACAAGACACAAGAAGUCAAUGGAGUCGAAUCCAAAGAAAUCGAAGUUCUCGUUGUCAGUGCUCAAAAGGGCAAAGGAAUGUUACUGCCAAAAGGAGGUUGGGAGACAGACGAAUCCAUGGAGGAAGCAGCGUUGAGAGAGACGAUCGAAGAAGCGGGAGUAACAGGAGAGCUCGAAGAAAAGCUUGGGAAAUGGCAAUACAAAAGCAAAAGGCACAACAUAAUCCACGACGGAUACAUGUUUGCGUUGCACGUCAACGAAGUAUACGAGCGAUGGCCAGAAGCUGAGUUUAGACAACGGAGAUGGGUAGGUUUGGAUGAAGCAAGAGGAGUAUGUCAGAAUUGGUGGAUGAGAGAAGCUCUCGAAGCAUUCAUCAACCUGAAAUGUAACAACAACACCGAGGUUGUUGAAGUCAAUGAAAGUGGAAACUGA